AACUCCAGCUCAUUUCAACCUGACGAGUCUCAGAGAGCAGCAGCUGCUCUCCAUCCUCUCUGCUGAGCAUCAUGGCCUCCAAAACCUCCAACAAGGUGCAGAAUGUGGUGAUGGGUCUGCUGGCGCUCUGGUCCAUCGUCUCCAUCAUCAUCAUCGUGGUGUGGGCCACUUCUCCGGACCUGAAGGGCUCGGCCCAGUGCCGCGCCGAACUGCAGGAAGCGACGAAGAAGCUGGAAGGCGCCAAGGUGGUGUUCGAAAAGGACAGGCAGGCGCUGGAGGAGAAAGCGGUGGAGGCGUGGAAGGAGCAGGACCGGCUGAAGGCCGACAUCCUGCUGCUGCUGGGACGCCUCAACGCCACCAACGUCACGCUGGAGGAGUGCUGGCUGAGAAACGUCGUCCUGGCCGAGAACAUCACGGCUCUGCAGGACGACGUCAGGCUGCUGCAGCAGAGGGAGGCCAACCUCACGGAGCAGCUCGGCCUGCAGAAAGAGCACAUCGAGGCUUUGCAGCAAAACUUGACGCAGGCUUUCCAUCAAACCGAGUCCUGCUUCAACCUGAAGACGGCAGCAGAGAGCCAGAUGUCAGCAGCUCAGAGUCAGACCAAAGCCUGCGAGUCCAAGCAGCAGUACCUGGAGAAGCAGCUUCAGAAGUGUAAAGUUUCUGAAUCAGAAGCUCGUAAGGUGAACCAAGCAGGCUCCUCUGUCUCACCGUCUCGUAACUCCGCUGCCGCGCCCCUCGCUGGUAUUCCCGCGCUGACGCUACUCAUCUGUGCCGCUCUGCAUCUCAUAACCUGAGUCCAGAGCGGCAGCGGGUCAACCGACAGCAAGCACAGCGGCCCAGGAGGGGGCGGAGCCUGGACCAACAUGACUGCUGUACCGACUUCCUGUCUGCACGACGACGGGGUCGCCAUGGAGACGCUGUCAUACGACAGACGCUUGGAUAGACAUUUUUGCUUUUCAUUUGCUUUCAUCUCCGGAUCUGAAGCGUUCAUGUUGGACUCUGAGCUCUGCUCCUCUUCCCCCUGCAGCGCCUGGGUCCAGAUCAAAACGUCAGAACUCAUUCACGCCAGCGUUUGGUUUAUUUUCUGCUACGGCUUCAACCAGGCUGACAGGGAGGAAAGGGAUUUACUGCUGUCAGUUAUGUCUCCACUAAAUGUCUGCAUGUGCUUCAUUUUAAUUACUGCUCAAAACCUUUUGCCUCAACUUUUAGAUGUUAUCAAAUUCUGGUUUAAAUUACGGCUCAGGGUGGGAUGUACUCUUUUCAGAAAUAAACCUGAGCACUUUCUACA